AUGCCUCCACGAUUACCAGCGCUAACUUCUUAUUGUCGCUCGGCGCCAACUUUGGCCACACCUUUGGCUGCAUUCCUUGCACCGUUGAUGCAAACCCGGAACGCCUCGAUCCUUUCAUCUUUGUCGGACAACUCUGGGGCAUAUAAUAAACGUAUACGAAGAGGUCGAGGUCCAUCUUCGGGAAAGGGAAAGACAUCAGGACGUGGUCAUAAGGGUCAGAAGCAGCAUGGAAAAGUACCAGCACGAUUUCAAGGUGGUCAAACACCACAAGAUGUUGUUCAUGGUGUGAGAGGAUUUGAGAAUCAUUUCUCCGUUGAUAUGUCCCCAAUAAAUCUUAAUCGCAUACAAGAAUGGAUUGAUCAAGGUCGGCUUGAUCCCACACGGCCCAUCACUUUGAAGGAAUUGGCCGAUUCUCGAUGUUUACACGGAGUAAAGGAUGGAGUAAAGCUCUUAGCGAGAGGAAAGGAGGAGUUGAAGACGCCUAUUAAUAUUCUGGUAUCUCGCGCUUCGGCGACGGCAAUCGAGGCAGUGGAGGCGCUUGGAGGAACAGUCACAACUAGAUUCUAUACAAAACCAGCGAUCAAGAGACUUUUAGCGGGGGAAUCUGUCUCUAGUUCCGUUCCACUCUCAGCAAUCGACGCCCAAUUAGUUAGCGACUCUCCAAUCCUCACAGCCGCCGCCGCUGCUUCACCAUUCUCGUACCGUCUGCCAGAUCCCACAAGUCGUAAAGACAUCGAAUACUAUAGAGAUCCGGCGCACAGGGGCUACCUAAGUCAUACCGUCGAGGAGGGACAAGGACCAAGUUUGUUCUUUAGGGCUCCACGAACUGGAAAUUUCCAAAAGAAAUCGAAGAAGACAGGUACAGGUGCUGCAGCGAGUGCCAACAGGAUAUGGUAAAUGGUAAAUGUUGCCAUUGUAUGUUAAAUAUAAGGAAUGGCUAUGACGUAUUCCGAUAUGGAUCGAGCAAGAUUUUUGCAAGAUUUUUGGUGACAAUACGCCAUUCUUUGAAUCAUCUCCAAAGAGCUGAAGGCAAAAGAUGUUGUUGAUUCAUUCCGACUAUGGCAAUCUUCUUAUCCCUCAAUGAGUGUAUCACACUCUGAAUUGUCGAGGACGAAACAUAGAGCCAGGUGCUCGAGUCUCAUCCUGCACUGGUAUGGUUUAAAGCUUUACAGCUAGGUCGUAUUUUAUCACGAAAUAAAAGUUUACAUGUGUAAUGAACCCUCAAAUACUACCCUGCACCCGCAGACCGAAUAUAAUAGUGA